UUACUCUUCGAAGAAUUUAUUAAUGACCAAGCCUGGGAUGAAGUUUUACUCAAAGACCUUUUGGACACUAAUCAAAAACAACCAUUAGACUAUAACCAAAGUAUUAAAAAGAAAAGGAAAAAUAAAAAGAUAAUAAUUGUUGACCAAAUUAUUGAAGAACUAAAAAUCGAAUGUGAAACAAGUGAAGAAAGAAGCUCACCAUUUGGGAAUGAAAAUAACUUAUCAACUGUGAUCAGAAUUAUAAACCAAAUUCAUUGUAUUGGAAAACAGAAGAGAUACCGAGCACAGAUAGAUCGUUUAGAAGCAGCAUUCUAUCUGGGAAAAUUAAAGAAGGAAAAUGAAUAA